AUGACAAGGUACCGGGGCGGGGGAGUCGGAGCUCGGGAAAGAAUGCACAUGAUUGGGGUUUGCACUGCUUCCCUGGGCUCACUUGGGCUUAUGCGGUUUUUUGGUGUGCCCUGGUCAUGGAGUCUGGCAGCCACGCUGGGCGUUUACAUUGGCAGCGGAGGAUGGAGGUUUCUCCGUAUCAUCUUUAAGACGGCUCUGAGGGAUCUCUUUGGCCUCUCGGUGCUGAUACGAGUCAAGUAUGAGUUGCGAAAGCAUCAGCGAACCAAAAACACUAUUCCAAAGAUCUUCCACGAUGUCGUCUGCAGGCACCCUGACAAAGUGGCUCUGAUCUAUGAGGCCAAUGAUGAGAAAUGGACGUUCCGGCAGCUGGAUGAGUAUUCCAAUGCUGUAGCUAACUUCUUCUACCAGCAGGGGUUCCGUCUGGGUGAUGUCAUUGCCAUCUUCAUGGAGAGCCGUCCCGAGUUCGUGGGCCUCUGGCUUGGGAUGGCAAAAGUUGGUAUUGAGGCAGCUCUCAUUAACUUCAAUUUGCGUCUGGAUUCUUUGGUUUACUGUGUGACAACCUCAGGGGCAAAGGCUGUGAUCUUUGGAGGAGAGCUGGCUGCAGCAAUAUCUGAAGUGAAUGGGAUGCUGGGCAAGAACAUGGUGAAGUUCUGCUCUGGAGAUUUUAACCCAGACUCUGUCCCUGUGGAGACUAAAUACCUUGAUCCUCUUCUGAGUACUGCAUCGAAAUCUCCUCCAGAUCAGAUUGCAGCCAAAGGUUUAGAUGAUCGGCUCUUCUAUAUCUACACAUCUGGCACGACAGGAAUGCCAAAGGCUGCCAUUGUGGUGCACAGCAGGUACUACCGCAUAGCUGCCUUUGGGUACUAUGCCUACAGAAUGCGCCCUGAGGAUAUCCUCUACAACUGCCUGCCACUCUAUCACUCAGCAGGUAACAUCAUGGGAGUCGGACAGUGUCUAAUCCAUGGCCUCACUGUGGUGAUCAGGAAGAAGUUCUCAGCCAGUCGCUUUUGGGAUGAUUGUACAAAAUACAAAUGCACAAUUAUUCAGUAUAUUGGGGAGAUCUGCAGGUAUCUUCUGAACCAGCCAGUACGGGAGGCAGAAGCACAACAUCACGUGCGACUUGCAGUGGGAAAUGGAUUGAGACCCACAAUAUGGGAAGACUUUACAAGGCGCUUCAGAAUUAAACAGAUUGGGGAGUUCUAUGGAGCCACAGAGUGUAAUUGCAGCAUUGCUAACUUGGAUGGAAAGGUUGGAGCCUGUGGUUUCAACAGCCGGAUUUUGCCCAAUGUUUAUCCCAUUCGCUUGGUGAAGGUAAAUGAAGACACCAUGGAGCUGAUCCGUGACUCUAGUGGGCUCUGCAUCCCCUGCUGCCCAGGGGAGCCAGGCCUUCUUGUGGGUAGAAUAAACCAGCAGGACCCCUUGCGCAGGUUUGAUGGCUAUGUCAAUGAGAGUGCCACCAAUAAGAAGAUAGCAUGCAAUGUGUUCCAAAAAGGGGACCGGGCAUACCUUUCAGGAGACGUGUUAGUGAUGGAUGAACUUGGUUACAUGUACUUCAAAGACCGUAGUGGGGACACAUUUCGGUGGCGAGGGGAAAAUGUCUCCACCACAGAAGUAGAGGGAAUCCUGAGUCACAUCCUCAGUCAAACGGAUGUUGCAGUGUAUGGAGUGGAGGUACCAGGGGUUGAAGGGAAAGCUGGAAUGGCAGCAAUAGCAGAUCCAAAAGCGAAACUGAGUCCUAAUGCUUUGUAUCAGGAGCUACAGAAGGUGCUGCCUCCCUAUGCACGGCCCAUCUUUCUUCGUCUCCUGCCUCAAGUUGACACCACAGGCACAUUCAAAAUCCAGAAAACCCGUUUACAGAGAGAAGGAUUUGACCCUCAUCAAACAUCAGACCGGUUAUAUUUUCUCGAUCUAAAGUUGGGAAAAUAUGUUCCAUUGGAUGAAUGCCUCUUUGAAAGGAUCCGUGCCAGAAAGGUCGCUCUGUGA